AUGCCAAAAAUAACAAUUUCUCAAACAUCAACACCUCAUGUAAAUUGUAUUGGUGAUAAUCCAUCGACGGCAUUUAGAUCUUGUCCAUUAAACAUCGAAAAACAAAAUGUAACAUCGACAAAUACUAUUACGGAAGAUGCAAAACAAUCUUUAAAUACUCAAGAAGCAUAUGAAGCAUCAACCGUUCAAAUAAUAAUGGCUAAUUUCAUUACAAUUCAUGAUGAAUAA